AUGCAACGAUAAGACUACCUUUGUUCCUCAAAACACUAAAAAGCUGAGUAAUAAAUGAUCAACUUUUGUGGUAUAACAUCAUAUUUGAUUUCCUACUAAAGAGACUCCAAUCAAAUUUUAUUAACUUCAAAUAAUGAAGAAGAAAUAGUAAAAUUUGAAGAUCAAUAAUAAUUUAUAAUGUAAAUUAGAAAUAUGAGAGUAUUAAUAAAGGAUCAAGAAACAUAAACGAAUUAUCUCUCUCAAGAAGGAAUAAAUUAAGAUGCCAAAAUGACUCUGGAAAAAUUGUUAUAUUAUUUUUUGACUUGUCCUGAAAAACUCAAAGAAUACAUGAAAUAACCCUCCAUCGAAUCUGUCAUUAAGUUACAAGGUGUUCUUAAUUCAGAAAACUACAACAUCCAGAUUCUCAAGUAUUUUGAUGAACUCCCUAGCGCAAUUAUACUAAUAUCUUAAAACAAGAAAGACGUAUUUAUAGAGGAACUAAAAUUAAGAUACAAAUUGUUCUAAUAAGCACUAGAAACUAUUGAUCAAAUCUUUUCCACUUAAAUUAAGAUGAGUCUUGUCUAUCUCUUAGCUUUGCAUAAAUAUCAAAAAACAAAAUCCUACAAUAAGGAUAUCUCAUAUUACAAAAAGGUUUAAAGCAAGAUCGCUAAAGCCUAUAAUGAUUUCUAAAACAUUAAAGACUUUUUUAAUCUAAAUACUUCUUUCCAAAGAACUAUUAUUCAAAACUUUAAUCUGAUUACAUUUUUAGAUGAUAUUUUAACUGAAAUUUAAUUUUAUUUCUAUUAAAGCAAACAAUUCACCUUUUCAAUUAAAAGCAGAUUGCGAAAAGAGACAGUCUGUCAAGACUAAAAAUAACUAAAACAGCUGAUCAUAAACCUUCUUUAUUUUAUUACCGAACGCUGCCAAGAUAUUACUAUUUAUUUAGAAGAAAGUGAUGGUCCUUAAUAAAAAUUAGCUUUUAUUCGGAUUAGAUUGGAAUAUCAAGGCUUGCGAUUUUGCAAGGAUGCGUUGAAAGGAUUGCCCUUUAUAAAUCCAGUAACAAUCUCAGAAUUAAGACAUAAUGCAGAAAAAACUUAUUAAUUAAAUUUACCCAUGGCUGUGGUUAUUGUUAGAAAACUUGGGCCCACAAAUAAGAUUUAUAUUAAAUAAAAUAAAAAUGGUAAUAGUUAUCUAGAAUUCCUAAUUUUUAGAGAAUUAUAUGAAGAUUUUCAUUUAAUGCCACUCUAAUCCCAACAUCCCAUUAAUUAUUUUGUCAUGAAUGCAAAGUCUUCCAUUCAUGGCAAACAUGCUGCUUAUUUGGAUCUAAUGGCACUCAGUCCAAGAAUAUAGUUAGAUAAAUUUGGACAAUUAUGA